AUGCGUCCUACCGAGGUCUUCACAUACGCAAUGCUCGGGCUCGCGGGCUCCGUCGCCGCCCAGGUCGACUCGUCCCAAGACGACAGCGGCCUCGUCGCUCGCUCCCGUACCAGGCUUUCUGCGAUGGACAGGAUGAUCAGGGGCGGUCGGAGCCCAGGAAUCGCGAACAUGAGCGGACUAAAGGGGCUGCGUUCCGUCUCUGAUGACGACGAGUAUCAGCUGCAGGCUCGCUCUGCACCUGGAUUCGGCCGUAGAAAGAACAAUAGAUUCAGGAUCAAGGUCCCAGAGAGUCGUUCCGUCUCUGACGACGACGAGCACCGGCUGGAUACUCGCUCUCCGUUCCGCGCGUUGAAGCCUCCAGUGCCGAUUUCCAAGCCUAUCAAAUACAUGAGGCGGUCCGAGGACGACGAGCACCAGCUAGAUACUCGCUCUCCAUUUAGACUCACCCCAUGGCAUCUUCGCCUUCCUAAGAUGGCCCGAUUCAACCCAUCAGUUGGCAGGCUCGGGCCACCACCACCGAGUACCAGGCUCAGGCCUCUUCGCCUUUCUAAGAAGCCCCGGUCCGAGGACGAUGAAUUGUUUGAAAGAGGAUUCGAUGCCGAGGAUGACGAAUUGUCUGAGAGAGGAUUCGAUGCCGAGGACGACGAAUUGUCUGAGAGAGGAUUCGAUGUCGAGCACGACGAAUUGUUUGAGAGAGGAUUCGAUGCCGAGGAAUUCGAGGAGGAAUAUUAA